AUGUUGAACCCAACCAAUCUGUACUUUGUCACGUCUUUACCCGCUCUAUUUUUGCAGAACACACCCUCCAGUGCCAAUCAUUCCCAACGUGAAUCCACCCUUAUUCCCUUUCAUAUGACCUCGAUGCAAAAAACACACAUCUAUACCACAGCCAGAGGGUGUGUAAACUCUGGACUGAUGCGAUUCGGGAGUCUGGAGAGGCUGGCGACCAGUUGGCCCGACUGGAAGUUAAAGCCUCCUCAGCUAAGACACAUGGCAACGCCAGAUUGGCAUUUACCUCGGAAACCAGACGCCAGACCUCCGACGACCCAACAACAACCUCUGCACACCUUGUGCCAGGAAAAUGUGAUGAAAUGGCCUGGUAACUGUCACCGGCUGGGGUCAUUUGUACCGGAGAUCGCGGGUUGCCAAGGCCAAAAGAUGGAAAGACUGCGCGAAAUGACGAUGGCGAUUGAAAGCACACAGCCGAAAUAUGCACAAACAAACUUGCCCAAUUGA